UUUAUUUUCUCCAUUACCCAUAUCUCUUUGUGCGCUACAUCAUUAGCUCCAGGCAACAUUCUUUUGUAACUUCAGUGUCCACAAUAUUCUUUUCCAGGGAGAGAUUAGAGAGAGAGUUUUGAUAAUGCCUUGCCUGUAUAUAUCUACAAACUUGAAGCUGGAUGGAGUUGAUACAGAUUCUGUCUUCUCCGAGGCGACUAAAGCUGUUGCUCGUAUCAUCGGAAGACCCGAAAAGCUUGUAAUGGUGCUGCUAAAAGGAUCGGUGGGAAUAUCAUUUGGAGGGAACAAAGAGGCAGCUGCAUAUGCUGAGUUGAUUUCCAUGGGAGGCAUCACAAGAAAAGUCAAGAGGGAACUCAUUUCAACUCUAGGCACUAUUCUGCAACAAAAUUUGUCAAUUCCCCCUGCAAGGUUCUUCCUUAAAGUGUUCGAUACUACGUUGAUGCGACCAAGUGGUGAUGAUAUUAUUGUUUCCAAACUCUAGAUAAAUACACUUCGGAACCAAUAUUUAUUUAAGAAAAUAUUGCAUGCACUAUUUCAGUUAUUGUAUUGGAUCUGAAGAACAAUAAAAUUAGUUAGCUUCAGGUUUAAUUAUUGAGGGGAGAUCAAUGGUUGUGAUUGUUUUGAUCGUAGUAAACAUUAAUAUUGAAGCUUGUCUUCCUUUUUAUUGGAAGGUGAGAAAACUAUUUUUUGUUAAAA